AUGAAUGGUAAAGCAUCCUCUUUGGAUUUGAAAGGACAAAAAUAAGGGUUUUGGCAGUGAAGCUCGAGUAUGGACGCGAACAAGAAAUUCGAAGCAAGGAAGCUCCUCAAGGACAAGAAGUUAUGGUUCGCUUCUUUUCUAAUCGCUUGGGCCGCGGCCCUCCAGGGUCAUAUGAUGUGGCUGCAGAGGCAAGAUUCCUUCAAGCAGAAAUUUGGAACCCACGAUCAAAACGAUGGCCAAAAUGAUUCAUAGAUAAAGAGUUAUCAUUCUCGUAUCUUUUGCUGGGAACAAUUAAGCCAUUGCUGCCAGAGGGGGGAUGCAGACUCUUAAGCCCGCAUUGCGGAGGGUGUACAUGACUAGAGCUUCUGCAUAUAGAUAUGCACUGAAAAGCUUCAUAGAAGGGUAUAAAGAAGGUGUACAAGAAGUCAUGGAGAAAAAAGAAUUCUGGAACUCAAGGAGAAGAGGAUAGCCCAAAAAAAUCAACUUGAUCUGACACAAAUCAAGCUGCUUUUUUGCAAUGCUUUCUGUAAGAUAUUUCUGACACAAUUCAUCCUUUAGGCAAUUUUGUUUUUGGUAAAGAAAAUAGAAAUGACACUGAUUUUAAUAUUUUUCCGUUGGUUAAUUAAAACAUGGAUAUGUGGGAUAUAUAUUGUACAUUUCAUGAUCGUCUUAGAUCCGGGACAUCCAUUUUCUGCAUUGGUUAAUACUUUGUAUUUUGUAAUUCUAGUAUAUCUGUGUUUUGUGCUUGUAUUAUGUUUUUCAAUUGCAAAUAUUUUGUUUCUGAAUGGGAAAAAAUCAGACCUUCAAUUAGGAUUGGCUUUGUAUGGUUUGGAUGAUCCCAAGAAUGGAGUUAUAGCGAGAGGUUCUUAUCAGCCUCGCCUUGUUUGGAUUGGCUUAUGUUGCAUGUGAAUUUAGUUGGAAUUCAGGGAAGGCCACUUGUGGUCCAUGGAUUGGUUUAAUUUUUGAGAGUUCCGCUUGAUGGCAGGUCUUAGGCAAUCCUUUUCUUUUUUCUAAUUUUUGAGAGUUCCACUUGAUGGCAGGUCCAAGUAAUUACUAAUUAGUAGCUGUGUUUUGGUCUAGGCAAUCCUUUUCUUUUUUUCCAGCUUUAUUUUGUUCGGUUAGUUGGUUAGUUUGUUUUUUUUUGGUUAUUUGUGUUACUUCGGUUUUCGGUUCGAUUUCUACGGUUCUUUUCGGUUAUCGAUUCGAUUAGUUGGGGUGACUUGAUCGAUUCGGUUCAGUUAUGUAACACAGUUAAGUUAUUUUGGUUAGUAAUUUUUGAUCAGUUUGGUAAUCAAACCAACCGUUUGCAUACCCUUACAUGCAAGCUGUAAAUGAAAAAUAUUUACUUAUUAGUUUGAGGAGGAGUGUUAGAAAUAUCACAAAGAUAUUGGGAUUAUUAUCUUUAUUGUAUAUUAGAUGUAUAUAUUGCUAUAUGAUGUAAAUCUUGAAGAUAUGUCGUAGAUCUUUCAUUCCUAGGAUUAAGGGAGCUGAUUUGUAAUCUUUGAUUUGGUUUGGAAUCUUUUCCUUUUGUGUAGAGAUUUGUUUGCUCUCCUUUAGUAUAUAUUAGUUGUAAACCUAUAGCAUUUGGGUAAGAAGAAAUAUCAGUUUCUUGGUUCCAAGGGACCAACACUAAUGAGAUUCGAACCAUGUAGUCUGCUUCUAUUCCCACACAAUCAACCUUUAAUUCAUAGUUUCAUAUCCCCAUAGAAAUCAACAUCAAAUUUUCCUAAAGUAGAAACAAGAAGAAAUAAAUUUGAUAAAUUUGGUAAAACAUUAUUGGUUCCACCCUAGGUAUGAAAGAUCGAAAGGAUUAAAUUUUAUUUUGUGUUUUAUCUUGGUUUUUUUUUGUUAAAUACGAUAAAUAAGGGGUAUUAGUGUAAUUAAUUUUAAAUAUUUAUAUGUAUAUAUAUAUUCUUGUAUUAUACACUUUGAGUGGAAUAUACACAUUAUUUUUAUUCACAUAAUAUGGCCACUGUCGUCGACUGACGUUGUUACCACUGCUGCCGUUGUCAUCUAGAUCCGCCUACCCAGAUUGUGAUCGUUUCUCAAAUCACGACCAUUUUUUAGAUCGCGGUCAUCCAAAUCCGCCCACCUAGAUCGUCGGCCACCCAGAUCUGUCGUCGUUGCUUCUUCCUGGUCGACGACCACUGUUCGCGCCCAGAUCCAACCGUCAUUGUUCCAGAUAGGGGUGACUUUAGCCACCGUUCGCGUCUAGAUUCGGUGACUAGCCACUGUUUGCGCCUAAAUCUAGCAAUUGUUGUUCUUGAUCUAGUGACUCCCAGCUUUGCGCGUCGAGAUCCGUCAUCGUUCCAAUUUCGACGACUCUUAGCUUUAUGCACUCUCUCUGAUAUUCUUUUUGGUUCAAGUCUGUUUCAGAUCUAUUUAGUUUAGAUUUGACCCCUCAUUCUAGAUCUAGACCUAGUUAGCCAGAACAACUAUAUCAUGUCUUCAUCUAUAUCCACAAGCCUUUCCACCAUGUCCACAACUGUGACUAUUCCCCAUUUUUUGGGCAUACUAGUUAUUACUAUGGAGAAAUUGAAUGGCCCAAAUUACUCGGCUUGGUCAUCUAUGGUUGAAAUUUGGUUUCUUGGACAUGAACUUGAGGCUUAUUUAUCAACGACCAUCUCAUCUAUUCUCGUAGGAAAUCAAUCUCUUUGGCAAUAGGUGGAUGCACAGUUACUCAGUUUGUUGUGGCAAAAUAUUGCAUUGACUUUGAUACCUAUAUUUCGACCUCUUCGUGAGUGUAGUGUUCUAUGGAGUCGAGUUCGUGAGUUGUAUACGAGUGACAUCACUAGUAUUUAUGAUGUGAUUGAUGCUUUAUUCAAUCUACGACAAGCUGAUUUGGAUAUGACCACAUAUUUGGGUACGCUCCAAGCUUUUAUUACAGAUGUUAACGACUUGAUGCCCUUUGAUUCAGAUAUGAAGAAACAACGGCAACAACGUGAUCAAAUGUUUACUGUCCUCUGUCUUUAUGGAAUUUGACCGAAACUUGAAUUCGUUAAGACACAGAUUCUCGGCAAUGCUUUUCUCUCUCAUUUAAUGGAGGUAUUUGCCAGGCUACUUCGAGCCUCUUCUAUUACUGCUAAUUGUGGCGUGUCCAUACCUGUAGAUCACUCUGCCCUUAUUACUACCUCGACUGAUCGUGGUGGUGGUGGUGGUCGUCCUCGGCCCCAGUGCUCCUAUUGUAAUUGUCUUGAUCACACUAGAGAGACUUGCUAUCGCCUAGAUGAUCGUCCACCUCAGGCAGCUAGUAUUGCUAACAUGGUUGUUGGUGCUUUGGAGGGUUAGACAUGUAUCACACCCAGUGAUUCUUCACCAGUGACUAUCUUCGAGGGGGAGUAUGGUCAGUUCUUUCUAUUUCGAGUAGCACAACAGGUUACUUUACCCAUCACAUCCCUUACUGACACUAGUAACCCUACUGCUUACUUUUCUAAGUCCUCAUCUUCUCUUAGCCCAUAGAUCUUCGGCUCUGGUACCAUUAAUCACAUGUCUGGUAAUUGCUCUCUCCUGUCUCAUAUUCAAAAUCUGCAGUCUCUACCUCCUGUUACAUUGGCUGAUGGCUCUCAAGCCUCAAUCAUGGGUAUUGGCACAACAUCCUCUCUUCCUACUUUACCAUUGUCAUAUGUUUUUCUAUUUACCACAAUGUUCAUUUAAUUUGCUCUUUGUCAAUCAACUCACUCAUAGUCUUAAUUGCUCUAUAACCUUUUUGUUUGAUUAUGUU